AUGCGGCAAAUUCACGAAUUUCCAAAAGCAUAUUCGAAAAACGCCCAAAUCCCGAUCGAAGAUUUUUCAGAAAGUGCAAAAAGGGCUGCUCGUGAAGGGAGAGCAUCUUCUACUCUUCGAUUGGCAAAAGUCAUCGUCAUCGGAGAUGCUGGGGUCGGCAAAACGUCACUUGUGAUGAGGUACACCCAGGAUGUUUUUGACUUGGAUUACAAGGCCACAAUCGGAGUGGAUUUCGAAGUGGAGAAGUUCGACAUUUUGGGAAUUCCCUUCACGUUGCAAAUGUGGGACACUGCCGGCUCCGAGCGAUUUCAAGCAAUUGCGGCGAGCUAUUAUCGAGGAGCGGCGGCGGUGGUGAUUUGCUUUGACUACUCAAAAAUCCAGACUCUUCAAACCGUUAGAAAAUGGCUCGACAACGCAAUUUCCGAAAAUCCAACUCAAAAGUUUUGUUUAUUCCUGGUCGGGACGAAGGCUGAUUUGGUCUCAGCAUCAGUCGCGAGAGAAAUCGAAGUUGAAGCCACCAAGAUCGCAAACAGCAUGAACGCAGAAUACUGGAGCGUGAGUUCCAAACAAAACCAAAACGUGGCGGAGAUGUUUGCUAGAAUCGGCAGCGUUUGUUUCGAUAAAGUUUUAUCUAAAGAAGACGGAAUUUCAACGCCAAAGAAAACGACUAUGAAUAUUGGACCAAAGAAGAUUUUAAUUGAUGAAGAUUUCAACCGCCGAACGAAAGAAUCCAACUGCCCCUGCCAGACAUAA